AUGAAGCCCGCGUGGCCCCGCCGGGGCCUGGACUGGCGAGCCGAGCGGGGCCGGGCCUGCGGCGUGGCUGCCAGGCUUGCCUCCUGGGCCCGCCGUGCUCGGCCCCGUGCUGGGGGAAGCAGGCCGUGGCCACCACGCACGCCGAGGCUCGCGUACCUGCGGGGCGGCGGCGGCGGCGGCGGCGGCGGCUGCGGCGGGAGCGCACGAGGCGAAGCAGGCCGUCGGCGGCGAGUGAGGGACCGAGCGCAGGGCGCGCACCGCAAUGAGCCCCAGUCCCCUCCCUCCGCCCCUCCGCGCCCCAGCCCGGCGCUGGGCUCGGCCCUCUCCCGCCACCGUACGCUCGUUCCCGGGCCGGGCUCCCUUCUAGAACCUUCCGGAAAAGGCGCCGCGCUUCCCCCCCCCCCCCGGCCCCCCGCGGGCGGGCCAAGGGUCAAGUGGCGUCACUUCCGGGAGGAGGAGGAGGAGGAGGACGAAGGGCUCGUUCUCUCACCUCGGCCGGCCUCCUGGAAAAGCCUAGAAAGUGCGCCCCUUUUCCUUCCGCCUCCCGCGGGUCCCCCCCCUCACCCCGUCCCCGCCCCCGCCCCCGUCGGCGGCCUGCGCGGGGCCGUGGCCACCAAUCGGCGCACGCGCUGCCGCGGCCGCCCCCUCGCACGCUCCGGCGCCGACUGCGCCUGCGCGCUGCCGGGUCUCCUUUUUCACGUGUCCCCCCUCGCCGGCCCGCAGGACUCUCCUUGCAGCGGCGGCCGCGGGUGCAGAGUCCGAGCUGCGGCGGCACGCGUCAUGGCAGGACAGGCUUUCCGAAAGUUUCUCCCGCUCUUCGACAGAGUGUUGGUUGAAAGGAGUGCCGCGGAAACCGUGACCAAAGGCGGCAUCAUGCUUCCGGAAAAGUCCCAAGGAAAAGUCCUGCAAGCCACCGUAGUGGCCGUGGGGUCGGGCGCCAAAGGCAAGGGUGGAGAGAUCCAGCCAGUCAGUGUGAAAGUCGGAGACAAAGUUCUUCUCCCUGAGUACGGAGGCACCAAAGUAGUUCUAGACGACAAGGAUUACUUCUUAUUUAGAGAUGGUGACAUUCUUGGAAAGUAUGUGGACUGAAAUCACUGUUGAAAUGGUGUCACAUGAAGCUACCCAUUCCGCUGAUGGUCUGAACUAUUCAUCAUGUAAAUAAUUUCCAUGCCUCCCUUUUAUAAUAAACUGAUGAUGCCCAAACUAACGACA